UUUUAUUUUUUUUUAUAGGCUUUAUAUAUGUCAAACAUUUUAUGAAAACACAAAUCCCACUUACAUUACCUUUGAAAUAUAAAAAUGAUUCGCCAGAGGAAUACUUGGAAAAACUAAUUUCAUUUUAUAAACAGUAUCAUUGGCUUGUUCAUGUAUUAGCUUUUAAUUUUAUAACUCAACAAGAAUGGCAGAAAUUUCCUCUUGAAUGGAGAGAAGCACUUAUGCAUUAUAUGGAGAAAGCAGGUGACAAUUGGGCUUUUAGCAUUUUAGAGCUUACAUCGGAUAAAACUGACUAUUCCAUUUGGCCAGAAUCAUUACAAGAAUAUUUAAAAAUGGCUCGAGAUUUAGCUUUACCUAGAGUUGUGGAUGAAUCUAUAAAGAAGCAACAACAAAGUAUUAGUAAACACAUUUUAGGUGGCAUGAGUGAUAAAAAAAUUCAUGAAGUUCAGUUAAUGAGUCAAUUAAUUAAAAAUGUAGCUGAUGAAAAGGGAAUUACAUCCGUGAUUGAUCUUGGUUCAGGACAAGGCUAUUUAUCUCGAGCACUUGCAUUUGACUAUGGAAUGGAGGUAUUAGCAGUUGAUAUGUCUGAAAUUCAAACACAAGGUGCUUUAAGAUUUGAUAAAAAAGCAAUGAAAGCACAAAGAAGUUAUGGUGAUGACGGCAAGAAAAAUUCACCUAAUUUAAAACAUGUGACAGAAAAGAUUACACCUGAAAACAUCAGUCAAGUCUUAACAAAAUGGAGUCCGAAUUCAUCCAAAGAUAAAUGUUGGCUUGUUACUGGAUUACAUACAUGUGGUGAUUUAUCUCCUUUAAUAUUUAAUUUGUUUGCAAAGAGUAAAGAAGUAUCAUGUGUUGUGAAUGUAGGAUGUUGUUAUAAUGCAUUGACAUCUACUGGAUUUCCUAUGAGCAACUUUUUAAAAAAGAAAAAUGAUUUAUUUGAACUAAGCUCUACAGCUCGCGUCUUAUCUUGUCAUUCACCAUCCCGAUGGAUAGAUGAAGGAGAACAAUGUAUCAAGGCUUUCGAUAAUUAUUAUUUCAGAGCCUUACUUCAGGAAAUUCUUGUUGAAAAGGGCUUAUCAGAUAUUCAUGAUCCUCCUAGACUGGGUAGAAUAAAGCAAAACAAAGACUUUGUUUCAUUUGUAGCAGCUUCCUUGAAACGAUUAAAAUUACCAAAAGAUACGAUUUCAGCAGAAGAAGCAGAAAUGCAGUAUCUUGAAUCAAAAAAAAAUCAAGUUGAUAAGCAAUUUGUUGCACUUUGGACAUUAAGGGGUUUAUUAGCACCAAUAAUUGAAAGCAUUAUACUGAUGGAUAGAUGGCUUUAUCUUAAUGAAUCUCUCCAAAAUGCCUCAAAUGAUGGUCUUAAAGGUGUAUGGAUGUAUCCUUUAUUUGAUUUAUCUGCAUCACCAAGGAAUGUUGUAUAUGUUGCUUCAAAAUAAUAAAUUAUUACAUACAUAGAUUUUAUUAUUACUACUAUUAUACAAAGAUACACACACACACACACACACAAAUAGAUGUAUA